AUUUGACAUUUUACCAGCAAUCGAAACGAAGCUCCUGUUAGAUCUAAGGCAAAACAAAACAAACCGAAUAAAUUUUCAUUUUAUAUAUGGACUGUUUAUCAUCUCAACGUCUGAGUUAGAUCGACGCGAAUCGACAUCGAGAGAGACAGGAUCUAAUGGUGAAAGAGACUUGUCGGUGGAGUUAACUCUUUUUGAGUUAAAGCGGGCGCAGAAACGGAGUGGAUUGGAUGGACAAGAACAAGAACCGUACCGAUCUGAUUGCCGCCGGCCGUAAAAAGCUCCAACAAUUUCGUCAAAAGAAGGAUGGUAAGGGCAGUAGUAGCCAAGGAAAAUCAUCAAAGAAGUCUAGUAAAUCUGAGCAGCAUGAAGCCGAUGUUGAUGCAGCAUCAGCUGAUGCUGCUGCACCAACCGGAUCUUUAACUCCUGAAGAGGAAAAUGCAUCUCAUGUUGAGAUGAAUCUGAGAGUUGUGGAUUCAAAUUCAACUGAGAAUUUACAGGAUCCUGAAGUUGCUGUUGUAGCCAGUGAGCCUUCAUCAGUGGCCAUUGUACCUGAAUCAAGCUCUUUCGAAACACCGUUGGCUCAUGAGGUUGAAUUACCUCCACAGGAAUUGGGGCUUGUUAACAUAGACGCCUCAGUCCAUAAUGGGGAGAGUACUCAAAAUGUUGAUGUUGAGGAAGCCAGAGAAAUGUCUUUAGAAACUGUAGGUAUCCCGGUUUUUGAAGGGGAAACCAAGUAUGCUGACAUGGCUGUGAUUUCUCAUGUGUCAGUUCUGUCGGAAUUAAUCGAUACAAGAGACGGGGAGAUAGUUACUGCCGAAACGGAUGGUGUUAAUGAGAGUCUGAAGUCAGUCUUUUCACAAGAAAUUCUUCCUGAUACGUCCUCGAUUCAAGCGAGGGGUGAUCAGGUAACAGAUGAAGCUGAUGGUUCGGGUUUGAAGCAAUUUGAUGAUAGAAGCUAUGAACCAGAGCAUAAAGGAGAUGGGAAUCUCAUUCUCUCUGAGUUUGUUGGAAGUGUUGCAAAACUUGAAGAAUCAGCUUCAGAAGUGACUGAUGUAUAUGAGAUUACCCAUGAAGUAAAGCCAACUGAAAAGGUUGAUUAUGCCACUGAGUCAACUUUGCCAGCCAUCAUGUCGGAUGCAGUUGGGUUUUCAUCUCCCAUCCUGGAUUCUCAAGAAGCAGAUGGUACUUUGGCUGUUAGUCAUCAAGAUACAAGUCAGUUGAAAGAUGUAGUGGCAGGCUUAGCUAACGAAGAAAUAUCAGAAAUACUCCGUGCUGACUAUGGAAAGGACUGGAAAGAAGGGGCUCAAGCAGACACGGAUAGUAUUAUGGUUUCAGAAGAUUAUAACGAGCGGCAGUAUAUGACCGAGGGUAAUGUUCAAGGAAGAUCUGUGGCGGAAGAAAUGUUGAGUCCAUCUGUAAAAACUGAGUCCUUUGUUGGAGAUGGGUUCUCAGUCAGCUUUUUGCAGCUCAAGGAGGUGGUAAGGAGGCUUAGUGAGGAUGAGUUCCAGUCUCUUCUAAAUUUAAGAGGACCUGUUUCUAAUGCACAGUUGGGAACUGAUAGUUUGAUCCUAGCUGAGCGUGGUUAUUCAGAUUCUUUUGAGAGACUGAAGGAAGAGUUAUAUCUCACAAGUUUUGGAAAAGAUAUAUUUCAUUUGCAACUUUCUGAAAUGUCUGAUAUGCAGUUUGAAUUUGAUCGGCAUCAUCAGUUGCUUGAAGAAAUAUCUGUGCUCUGUACCUCCCUUAAUGAAGUUCAAGAGAGGAGAGAAUGCCUGGCUGCAGAGCUUUCACAUUGCAGGUCUGAACUCCUGGUUGUUGAUAGCAGGAGGGAGGAGCUUGAAAACCAAGUUCAUUUGGUGAAGGCAGAGGCUCAGGAGUUUUCUGGUAGGGCACUUGAAUUGCAGUUUAGCUUGGAAAGAUCACAAGGGGAUUUAUCAAGCCUGUCAAUGGAGUUAGCUGACUGCAAGGAUUUGGUUGCUUCUUUACGGCUGGAGAAUGAGAACUUAAAUGGAACUCUUGCUUCAGUGAUGGAGGAUAGAAGGAAACUUGUGGAGGAAAAGGAGUCUUAUCAACAUGAGAAUGAGAAGCUUUCAUCGGAGUUAGCUAACUGCAAGAGUUUGGUAGCAGCUCUAGAGGUAGAAAUUUCCAACUUCAGUGGGACUCUGGCACUAGGGACCGAGGAAAGAAAGAAACUUGAAGAGGAGAAGGAGUCUCUUGCCCAUGAGAAUGGGAAAAUUUCUAUGGAAUUGACUGAAUGGAAGGAUUUGGCAGCUGCUUUACGGGCUGAAAAUGCUGACUUAAACGGGAGUCUUUCUUUGAUAACAGAGGAGAGAAAGGAGCUUGAUGAAGAAAAAGAGUCUGUUGCUUGUGAGAACGAUAAACUAUUUAUGGAAUUGACUGACUGCAAGGGUUUGGUUGCAGCUCUACAGUUAGAAAUAUCCCACUUAAAUGAGAGCCUUGCUAAAAUAAUAGCGGAGAGAGAGAAGCUUAAGGAGGACAAGGAAUUUUUUGUCCAAGAGAAUGAGAGGCUGUCAAAUGACCUUCUUGUUUCUAAAGAGAAACUGUCCACUAAAAACGAGGAAUAUGUGCAGGAUCGUGGAAUUUCCACUCCCAUGUUGGAUAAACCCUCACCUGAUGGACCUACUGCAGAGCCACUGCUUAAUCUGCUCGAGCAUGAUGUUGUUGAUGAUUCUUUUGUGUUGGUUGUUCUAAAAGAACACUUAGAGGAGGCGGAGAAAUUGCUGCAGAACCUUGAAAAGGCCAUUGAAGGGAUGCACUCUGAGUCAAUGUCCUCUAACAGGUCCAGUGGUGAAGUAGCUUCACCUGCGGUAUCCAGAUUAAUUCAAGCAUUUGAGUCAAAGGUGCAGCAUGAUGAACAUGAGGCAGAAGAAAAGGCUGUGACUGAAGAUCAAUCACCAAGAGAUCUCUUUAUUUUAACAAAAGAGCAAACAGGAAGUUUGAGGGUAUUGCUUCAGCAGUUGCACCUGGAUGCUGAAAAGCUUAAAGAGGAGUGUAGAAAAGCUUCUAAAGUUCCAUUCAAAGAGCUCAAGGUUGAAUAUGAAGCUAUGAAGCAACACAGUGACAAUUUGGAAGCAGAAAACAUUGAGCUCGGAAUUCUGUAUGAAGCUGUAAAGGAACAUGUAUGGGGACUUGAAGAAAAGAACAAUGAGCUUCAAGUUCUCUACGAAGCUUCAAAACAACAAGGCCUUAGUCUGAAAGCAGAAUAUGCUGGGCUUGGUGUAAAAGUGAGUGAGUACCAAUCAAGAGUUAGUGAGUUGCUGAGUCAAUUGUAUGAUUUACAGCGAAGUUCAGAUGAGAAGGCUUUGGCAAUAGAAAAUCAAUUAGAAAGUUUGCAGAAGGAAGCAACUGAGAGGGCGUUGAUACUUGAACAGGAAUGGAAUACUACCAUUGCUCAAAUUAUUGAAACAAUAGGAAGGCUUGAUGUUUCUAUUGAGAGAGUGUCAACCUCUGCCAUCUCACCUAGCACUGAUGAUGGCUUGGAUGUAAAUAGCCACAUUGCUGCUUCUGUAAGUGCCACCAUCAAGGUGAUUGAAGAUCUACAGGAGAAACUAGAAGUUGCUCGUGCUGACAAUGAAACAGUCUGUUCUUCCUCUGAAGAAGUGAAAGAGAAGUUCAAUGAUUUGCUCCGAAAGAAUGAAUCAACUUCUGUUAUAUUGCAUAAGAUAUAUGGUGAGCUUAGGAAACUUGUAAUUGACUCAUGUGGGGCUGUGGAUGAUGAACAUGAGAUGAACAUUGAAGGUGGGACACCGCCUGAUUCGAUUGACUACAUCAAGUAUAAAACCAUUGUGGAUCAACUGGAAACUUUUCUAGGUGAGAGACUGCAACUCCAGUCCUUAAACAAUGAACUAAAUUCAGAGUUGAUCAGGAGAGCAAACGAUAUUGAGGAACUGAACCGGAAAUGUCUUGAUUUAGAUGCCAUUCAGAAGUUAAUAGAAGAUGUUGAGGGUGUAGUGAAACUGGACUGCACUGGAACCAACUUAGAUAAAACACCAGCUUCACACCUUGAAUCAUUGGUGUCUUCACUUGUUCAGAAGUACAAACAGGCUGGUGAGCAGGUGACUUCAUCAACAGAAGAGUUUGGAUCCAAGGAGAUGGAAUUGAUAGAACUUCAGGAGAAGGUGCAUCAGUUAUCUGCUUUGAACCUUAGGCAGGAAAUUGAAAUCCUUGCUUUGAAGGAAAGUUUAAGUCAGGCAGAAGAAGUCCUUGCUGUUGCACGUUCUGAAUUGAAGGAAAAGAUAAGUGAACUUGAACAGUCAGACCAGCGGGUAUCUUCCAUCAGAGAGAAGCUCAGCAUUGCUGUUGCCAAGGGGAAAGGUUUGGUUGUUCAGCGUGAUAGUCUCAAGCAGUCUCUGGCCCAGACAUCCAAUGAACUGGAGAGAUGCUCUCACGAGUUACAGUUGAAGGAUGCUAGGCUUCAUGAGCUAGAAACAAAACUUAAGUCCUAUAUGGAGGCAGGUGAGCGCGUGGAAGCUCUUGAAUCUGAGCUUUCAUACAUUCGCAACUCAGCGACUGCUUUAAGAGAAUCAUUUCUUCUCAAGGACUCUGUACUCCAGAGAAUUGAAGAGAUUCUGGAAGACCUAGAUCUACCUGAGCAGUUUCAUUCGAGAGGCACAAUUGAAAAGGUUGAGUGGUUAGCAAGAUCAGCUACUGGUAAUUCUGUGGCUGUCACUGACUGGGAUCAGAAGAGUUCUAUAGGAGGGUCCUAUACUGAUGCUGGGUUUGUGGUUAUGGAUGCCUGGAAAGAAGAUGCACCAUUGAGCACUAGUUCAGGGGAUGAUAUGAGAAGAAAGUACGAGGAGCUUCAAGGUAAGUUCUAUGGCUUGGCUGAACAAAAUGAAAUGCUGGAACAGUCCUUAAUGGAGAGAAACCUCUUGGUGCAACGAUGGGAAGAAGUUCUGGACAGAAUUAACAUGCCCUCACACAUGCAGUCUAUGGAACCUGAGGAUAGGAUUGAGUGGUUGGGAACUGCUCUUUUGGAAGCUAAUCAGGAGAAUAGUACUCUCCAGCAGAAGAUUGAUAACCUGGAAAACUAUUGUGGAUCGGUAGCUGCUGAUUUGGAAGAGUCACAGAAGAGGAUAUCUGGCCUUGAGGCUGAACUCCAAGCUAUUAUGGAUGAGAGGGAAAAUCUUUCUGAGAGAUUGAAGAUUCUGAUCUCUGAUCAUGAGAACAUUUCAGCAAAGGCAGUCUGGUUUCAAGUUGAGAAUGAAAAACUGCAGAAUGAAGUGACUGUUUUGCAUGAGAAAUUGGCUGAGAAGGUUACGAAUGAGGACCGCAUUCACAACAUUGAAGGUGAGAUACAUAGAUUGGAGGACUUGGUUAGUGAUGCAUUGCAGGAUCCUGGUGCAAAAGAGAUGGUUUCUGGUGAGAGUACUACUGAGUGCUUGGAGGUAUUGCUAAGUAAGCUUAUAGAGCGCUACUCAACCCUUGCUACUGUAAAACCCAGCCUUGACGGUGCAGUAGAUGAGCACCACUCUGAGGAAACUCGUGCAAAUCUUGAUGAAUCAGGAACUUCAUCGGAGUUAGCUAACUGCAAGAGUUUGGUAGCAGCUCUAGAGGUAGAAAUUUCCAACUUCAGUGGGACUCUGGCACUAGGGACCGAGGAAAGAAAGAAACUUGAAGAGGAGAAGGAGUCUCUUGCCCAUGAGAAUGGGAAAAUUUCUAUGGAAUUGACUGAAUGGAAGGAUUUGGCAGCUGCUCUACGGGCUGAAAAUGCUGACUUAAACGGGAGUCUUUCUUUGAAACAGAGGAGAGAAAGGAGCUUGAUGAAGAAAAAGAGUCUGUUGCUUGUGAGAAUGAUAAACUAUCAUGGAAUUGACUGA